UUUGGACGCAUUGAAAAGUAUCCUACCCUAGUCCCGACUGUCGUAAAUCCUGUAGGGCGGAGGACCGAUGGGGAAAAUCCAAAAGUUGCCCCAAAAUAAUCUUCAACAAGGAUAACUAAUUUGUUGCAACGCAAAUGGUUGCCAGCGUUUUAAAGUGUGUGCACUUGUGAAGAGCUGAGGGUGGAGUCCCAGCACAUACCAUGGCAAGCCCGGGGGAGCCGUCCUCCAUGAGGUGGCUGCGUUCCCAAGAUUGCUCCAAGCAGCUGUCAGAGGAACAACUUGAGUCUAUAAAGAACAACAGUGAGUUGCGCCCUUUUCUGGCUAUUCAUUACCUGCCCGCCCUAAAGGAGGGGGAUGUGUCCCCUUUACUGCAUUGCAACCCCAUCACAUGCAGGGUCGACAACACAGAGAGAUACACCACACGCUCCAAGGUACGUGUGUGCACCCUUUACACGGUCAAGCUGAACCACGGGGACUUCACAUGGACGGUGAAGAGAAAAUAUAAACACUUCCAGGAACUCCACCGUGACCUCUACAAGCAUAAGAUGAUGCUGCAGUUCUUACCCCUGGGAAGGUUUGCAAUUCAGAGACAACAGUUGGAGAACAUGACUGAGGAGAUGCCCACAUUGCAUGGAACAGAGAGGAGGAGAGCCUCCAGCAAACCUAAAUACUUGGAGGACUAUCUGAAUGGCCUUCUAGAAAAUGCUUUCUGUAAAAACUAUCACGGUAUGUUGGAGUUUCUCGCUGUCAGCCAACUGUCCUUUGUCAAAGAUCUUGGGCUUAAAGGACUGGAGGGCUUAAUUCAGAAAAGGUCAGGAGGUCACCGGAUCCAGGGCCUGAACUGCAUCGGUCAUCACCAAGUUUGUGUCCGUUGGUCACGCCGCUGGCUGGUGGUCAAGGACUCCUUCCUCCUCUACAUGAAACGUGACUCGGGGGUCAUCUCUUUCGUACUCCUGUUCGACCCGGAGCUGAGGGUCAACGUGGGCCGCGCCUAUACGGAAACCCAGCAUGGCGUGUGCAUCGAGACCUUCACCCGGAAGCUGGUCAUUAAGUGCAACACAUACAGACAGGCCCAGUGGUGGAGCCACGAGAUCAAACGCCUGUCAGAGGCCAGUGACUUCCUGCAGCUGCACCGCUUCCAGAGCUUUGCCCCGCCCCGCCCCAACACCCUCACCAAGUGGUAUGUCAAUGGGAGCCACUACUUUUCUGAUGUAGCAGAGGCUCUCGAACAGGCGAAGGAGGAGAUCUUCAUUACUGACUGGUGGCUCAGUCCAGAGGUCUUCCUGAAGCGGCCUGCCACUGGUGACUACUGGCGCCUGGACACUAUCCUCAAACGCAAAGCAGAGCAAGGGGUGAAAGUGUGUGUGCUGCUGUACAAAGAGGUGGAACUGGCCUUGGCUAUCAACAGUGGCUACAGCAAGAGAACUCUGAUGAGCUUGCAUCCAAACAUCAAGGUGAUGAGGCAUCCAGACCACGUGGCAUCUGUGGUGUUCCUGUGGGCUCAUCACGAGAAGAUGGUGGCCAUCGACCAAUCAGUCGCCUUCAUGGGUGGGCUUGACCUCUGCUUCGGGAGAUGGGACGACAGGUGCUAUAGGCUGACAGAUCUGCACUCUCCACCGGUAGCCUAUGACACAACAGAUGGUGGAGCAGAGACGGAUGCGGAUGGGACUGACGAGUCUGCCGCCCCUCUCGCAGAAGAGUCCGAGCCGGUACCCGAAGGGGAGCUUAACCUGAAAAACAACACACGCUAUUGGCUUGGCAAAGACUACAGCAAUUUCUACAAGAAGGAUUGGACCCAGCUGGACUGCCCUUUUGAUGACCAUAUCGAUCGGAGCCAGGUUCCCCGGGUCCCUUGGCGUGACCUGGCCGCAGCACAUCACGGAAAGGCUGCCCGAGACCUGGCACGCCACUUCAUUCAGCGCUGGAACUUCACAAAGAUAUUUAAUAAGCAUAACGAUGACUUCUACCCUUACCUGCUGCCAAAGUCCCACAUCACUGCAGAGAGUCUGCCUUUUACAGUGCCUGGAUCAGGCAACGCCUCAGUGCAGGUGCUACGCUCGGUAGACCGCUGGUCAGUUGGUACCUGUGAGUGCUCGAUCAUGAAUGCAUACGUGGACACCAUCAAGAACAGCCAGCACUACAUCUACAUCGAGAAUCAGUUCUUCAUCAGCUGUGCGGACAGGAAGAGUGUACAUAAUGGCAUAGGUGAUGCCAUUGUUGAGAGGAUUCUUCGUGCACACAAAGAGCAGAAGAAGUAUCGGGUGUUUGUGGUGGUGCCCAUCCUACCGGGUUUUGAAGGAGACAUUACCCAGGGCGGAGGCAACUCUAUCCAGACCAUACUGCAUUUUACAUACAGGACUAUGAAUCGUGGAGAAUGUUCCAUUCUGCACAGGCUGAAAGAACAAAUGCAGAAGGGGGAGUGGACAGAGUACAUCUCCCUGUGUGGCCUGCGCAAGCAUGACAUGCUGUGCCAGUCUCCGGUCACUGAGCUCGUCUAUGUCCACAGCAAGGCCCUGAUCGCUGAUGACCGCCGCUACAUUAUCGGGUCGGCCAACAUCAACGACAGGAGCAUGCUGGGUAGUCGUGACAGUGAGCUGGCCAUCCUGGUGGAGGAUGAGGAGCGCGUGCCUUCUGUCAUGAACGGAGAGGAGUACGAGGCUGGCCCUCUGACCCUGGCCCUGCGCAAAGAGUGCUUCAGGGUUCUCCUGGGGGCGGAGUCUGAUCCCUCCGUCGUCAUCGAUGACCCAGUCAGCGAUGAGUUCUUCUAUGCAAUGUGGAACAGUAUUGCCAGAGAAAAUGCUGCCAUCUUUGAGAAGGUUUUCCGCUGCCUGCCCUCGGACUCCAUCCGCAGCAUGGCGGCCCUCUCGGCGCACGUCACCACGGGGGGCAUGAUCGAGACGGACCCCGAGGCGGCCGCUGAGGAGCUGAAGGCCAUCCGCGGCAUACUCGUCCACUUCCCCUUGCACUUCCUGUGCGACGAGUACCUGCUCCCCCCGCUCAACAGCAAAGAGGGCAUCGUGCCUGUGGAAGUGUGGACAUAGCGGGGGAGAGCGGAGCGGAGCAAUGAGGGGCCAGCUGACGUCAGCGCCACUAGUGCAAGCAAGAGCUGAUAGUCCCCCAAACCAACCCAGUGGCAAAAAAAAAAACAGGUUUCCUGCUUAUCACUGGGACCAGCAUAAGAUAAUAAGACUAAUAUGUUUGUACAUGGUAUCAGAUAAAUUCGGUUAGGGAAGCAUUAACUUUGUUAAUCCAUGGAAGAACAACUCAUGUGCAUGACUAAAAAUAGAAUAACACAUACAUAGGAUUAGAAAUUGUCAAAUAUGUUUUUUUUUUUAAUGCAAAAGUGUUAUUGCUUCACCAUUUGUGCUUUAACCUUGUGGGGAGUCUUUAUAGUCUUCCUAACAUUUUUUUAUAGAUACAUAUUCAGAAGAUAUUUUUCAUCAGAAACUAAUAUUUUUGGUCAACAAAUCAGUUUUGACAGUUUUCGUAUCGUCAACAU